GACCGACCGCUUCUUCAGUGGCUCGAGGAUGCGAACGAUUACCUCGACGAGCUGUUGCGCCUCGAGGGGCGCGGCAGUUUCACUAGCGGCGUUUGUCCGGGCGGCUGCACCGAACCAGCAAUGUUCAGGUGUGAUGAUUGCCUCGAUUGUCGUCUCCACUGCCAGUCAUGCACGGUCGCGUACCACGGCCGUCACCAUCUUCAUCGGAUACUGCAAUGGGACGGCGACCACUUCAGUCGAGUUACCCUGAAGUCGCUCGGUCUCCGUAUUCAGCUCGGCCACGAGCCCGGAGACAGUUGUCGCUGUCCCGAGCCUGCGUUCGGGGACGACUUCGUCCUGGUCGACAUGUCUGGGGUUGUCCCACUUGGGGUAGACUUCUGUGGGUGCAGCUACGCUCUCCCACAUGCUACACAACUCCUUCGAACACGCUGGUAUCCUGCCACCUCUAUCAAUCCGAAGACCGCCGCUACUUUCCAAGUCCUCGAACAUUUCCAGCUCCUUUCCGCUUACUCAAAGAUAUCGGGAUGGGAGUUUUAUACGUCAUUGGUCCGCCGCACCGAGAACACUGGUGUUCAUCCCCCCAAGGACCGUUAUCAUGUAUUCAUGAGGAUCAUACGUGAAUGGCGCUACCUCAAGUCGAUCAAACGCGCGGGUUGUCGGCACGACGCCGAUGGCGUCAGUUCCAGGGAGCUCGGCUCAUGCGCGGUUGUGUGCCCCGCUUGCCCGCAACCGGGCAGGAACCUUCCAGACGGGUGGGAGGACGCACCUAAAAGUAAAGGUAGGUGGCUCUACAGGCUCUUUAUCGGGAUAGACGCCAACUUCCGGCUUAAGCGGAAGAAGGUCUCGUCGGACUUGCUUGAUCCUAGUCUCAACGAGGGCUCCUCUUACAUGGUGAGGGAGACCACGUACAAGGAUCACCUCGCCACCUUCGACACGCUACACGCCGACCCGUCCGAUCACUGCAACAAUCACGAUGCGGUCAAGCUUGCGACACUCAAGAGUGCUGCCGGCCUCGCGGCUUCGGGUCUUGCCACGGUCGACUGCGCGAGGCACGACAUGAAGCGCCCUUGUUCGUCUGGUGAUCUCCAGAAAGGCGAGCGUUUCGUUAACAUCGAUUACCUGCUGUAUUCGUCUCUGCGUCGUAAUGCACCGCGAGAGAUCGCCGCGUCGUAUGACAUCGCUUGUCAUUACGACCGGAAGAUCGAAGGCCGGUUCGAGACCUACGGCUUCGACACCUCCGCGCAUACCAUUACCUGGGCUAUCCCAAAGUUCCACAUCAAUGCCCACCGCGAGCAAUGUCGCGCAGACUAUAAUCUACAUUUCCUGCCGUUCUCGGCGCGCAACGAUGGCGAGGCUCCGGAGCGAGGGUGGGGGAGGACGAACGGAGCUGCGGCGAGUACGAAGGAGAUGGGCCCCGGAUCGCGCCGUGACUUUCUCGAUGACAUCUUUGCCCACCAUAACUGGCAGAAGGUUUCUGGCCUGCCUUCGUCAUUGCUCGGGAAGGUCAAGAACGCUGUCACCGAGCGUGAAGCUCACGUCGCUGCGUUUGAGGAGUAUACCGCGUCUCUGCCCGCUGACACCGCGGAGCUGUGGGAGAGCAAUGUCGUGUCGUGGGAAGCCGAUCGCUCAAGCCCAAACCCGUUCCUCAUCAAGCGGCCAACCAUCACUCAGGCCGCGGUGAAGCGGCAGCUCACAGAAGAGGACGCGCUCGCUUUGAAUGAAGGUCGGACAACUUCUCUGCACGAGAAGUUGUCCGAAAGCGGUGUAGUGAUCACCGGAAUCGAGCUCGAGGACCAGCAGAUCCGUCUCAAGGCCGACUAUCAUGCUCUCCACCUCCACGCUACUGACUUGCAGCGCGCACGCCUCCAGGAACGUCAGAACGUUCUGCGCCGCCGGAUCGAUGCAUGGGCCGGGAUUCAGCAGCUGUACAUGCCCGCUAUCGCUUCGCGGCGCGCGCGGAUGAUGGCCGAAUCUGAGUCGGCAUCCUUGGCGUUCAAUAUCCCCCUGCUGCUCCCGUCCGCAGCCCAUCCGGCCAGUCCUUGCUCUACCACCCUGUUUGAACACGAGUGGCGCCUCCGGUACGCUCAGGCCUUCGACACUCUCGACGACCUUCGGGGCCACCUCGAGGUGCGCACGCACCUGUACAAGUUCAAGGAUCGGUUCGCCCGCGGCCAGCGCCCGAACACACGCGCCAUGACGAUCGUCAAGCAGGUCGAGAGUAAAGUCGCCCUCGACGCCACCCGGUAUCGCCUUGCGCGUGCCGCCCUCCACGACCUCUGCGGCGUCCUGUGCAAGACGGGGUGGCAAGAGCAACUCCGCAAGUUAGAGGAUGGCGAUAUUCGCCAUAUCACCGACGGCGCGGACGGACAGUCCGAAGGGCGCCGAACCAUAUCGUGGAUCUGGACGGUAUCCAGCUCGCAGGGUGAGGAGCCCUCGAAUGAGCGCGUCGCUGCUACGUUGCGUGCAGAAUGGUGCAAGGCGCGGGCUCGGGCUCGACGUUGGUCGGAGGAGGUCGACCUCCUCCUCGAGGAGAUGCGGCGGGUGAUCGCGUAUCACGAGUGGGAGUGCGCGCGUUGGACCUCGUUAGUGGACACGCGCUUCGCUGGUGGCGACCGCGCGGAUUACCGCGAGGGAUUUAACGCGUACGCGACCCGGCAAGCCGCCAUUCGUCGCUCCAUGCGCGACUUCUGCCGCAGGGGAUGGCGAGAUGUCCCUGACUGGGUAGAGCUGAGCGGAGAGACUUCCGAGCUUGCUACUGUACUGCGGGGUUCGCUUUUGGAGACAGGUGACGGUGACUCGGUGUUUGAUAUGAUGCAUGGUAGUUCCUCGUCCCUCGCAGUCCAGGUUUAG